UUUAUUGAUUUCUUCUGAAUGAAAAAAAAUUUGAAGGCCUAAGUAGCAUGGCAAAUACGAUUACUUCGAAGUAAAAGCGUAUAGUCUUAUCGGAGUUCUUGACUCCAGUACUAAAAAGACCACAAAAGAGUUUAUCUAAUUUCUUUAGUUGUUGGGAUAUAUUGAAAGCUACUAGACUUAAAAUGCAAGCAGAUUGCGUAUUACAUAACUUCAUAAAAGACAACGUAAUUACAAUUUAAGAGAUCUUCUAAAAAAUUAACUAUAUUUGGAAAUUAUUGGCGGCAACUCCAAUAUGACAAUAUAAACAAAACAAUGAUUUAGUAUCGUUGAUUAUUUAAUACUGCUUAGAAGCACUAUAACACAAAAACACAGCGACUUAGGUUUACUUGGCUGACAAUCAAAUUUGUAUAAGUUUUAUUUACAAAGCAGCAAUUCAUUCCCUUAUAAAAUCAAGAGGCAUUGCUAUCGAACGUGAUAAAUGUAUGUGUAAAGUAUUUGGCAUCAAUGAAAAAUAAUGCUUAAACCAUAUUGACCUUAUUAAGAUCACAUGCUCUGACUGUAAUCACAAUGCUUGUUUAUACAGCACGUGACUAUCAUGUAUUAUAACAUAAACUAAAAUGGACUAUAUUCUAUUGUGAUAAAUUCAAAUUUAAAUUGUUUCGCGUUCCACAUUAAACACAAUCUUGUUGACUUUUGACUUGCUCGCUAAUAUGGCCUUCUCAUAAGGGUCAUAAGCGUUCCGACUCAGCUCAGUCCAAAUCUAAACAUUAUCAUUACAUAUCAGCAGUGAUUUUAUUUAAAAUAUUGUAAGCCCUUAGUCAUGAACAGUUGACAUGUUAAAUUAGGUCAUUACAGCUCAAAUUUGGUACUAUUUGAGAUACAUAUGGUAUCUCUUUUGUACUUACCUAUUAUCUCUUUUGUACUUACCUACAUAUGUUCUGGCUUAGUGUGCGACUGUAGUCUUCAUACAAUAGUUUGUUAUCAAAGAAUAAUAUUUGUCAAAUGCUUCAGGAAAACGAUAUUACUGUAAUAAUUUAGUCAUGGAGUCAAAUAUACAGGCUACAGGUGUUCGUGUGUAUACGUUUAUAGAUGAAAAUAACCACGAUAAGAAAGAUACCACAUGGUGGUACCAAUUUUGUUUACGAUGUCAUCAAGCCGAUACCACUCCAUCGUGGCAACCUUCAUGGUGGACAAAAAUGUUUCCCUUUCCGAUAUUUCCUACGUUCAGACAGUCUGCCCAACAACUAUGUAUAAUUUUAUUCUUCUUCCUCGUCUGGGGUAUUUUUUACGCCGAAAUAGGUGAAGCAGUUAGCUUAAAUGGGGAACUAUUAAGCAUGACAAUUUUAGUGAUAGCCGCGUACUUGAUUGGUUGGAUCUGGUUAAAAAUUACUACGUUACCUGCUCUCAUUGGAAUGUUACUGACGGGUAUAAUGUUUCAAAACUUACACGUAGUACAUAUGACUGAUGAUUAUCGAAAACUUAACCAAGAUCUCAGGAAAAUUGCUUUAGUGAUUAUUUUAACAAGAGCUGGUCUUGGUCUCGAUGCAGGUGUACUUAAAAAACACUAUAUAGCCGUUUUGCAACUUGGUCUCGUGCCCUGGAUGGUCGAAUGUAUGGCUAUUAGUAUAACUACACAUUAUUUAUUAGGCUUACCAUGGAUUUGGGCAUUUUUACUAGGUUCUAUGAUUGCCUCCGUUUCUCCAGCUGUGGUAGUGCCAUGUCUAUUUAGGCUUCGGGACGCUGGCUUUGGUAUUUCUAAAGGUAUACCUACAUUACUGUUGGCUGCAGCUGCAAUAGACGAUUCCGUUAGCGUUGCUGUAUUUGCAAUCAUACUUAAUGCGAUGUUUUCAACGGGUUCAAUGACUUUUAAUAUUGUAAAGGGACCUAUAUCAAUAAUAGCUGGCGUGAUUCUUGGAUCACUUUGGGGUGCUUUUGCGUCUAUUAUUCCAGAAAGAGGAGAUGUAUACGUAGUUCCUUUGAGAUUUCUGACCCUAUUUUUGGGUGGCCUAUUUUCAUUAUUUAUGUCAAGUUUAAUUGGCUGGAGUGGUGCAGGACCCUUAGCAAUUGUAUCGUCAGGUUUUAUAGCAGCAUAUUACUGGGAAAAGCAAGGCUGGCCAGUAAAUAAAAACCCAGUCAGCAAUCUGUUUCGAAUUCUGUGGAUAUUCUUUGAACCAAUACUUUUUGCCUUUACUGGAGCUCAAAUCACAGUCAGUGCCUUAGAUCCUCAAGUUAUAGCAAUGGGUGCUAUAUGUCUAAUAUCGUGCCUAUUAUUACGUGUCAUCGCCACAUUCUUAAUAAGCUUCGGAUGUGGCCUGAACAGUAAAGAGAAACUCUUCAUUGGUAUUACUUGGUUAGCAAAGGCAACAGUUCAGGCAGCAUUGGGUCCAGCUGCAUUAGAUUUAGUUCAUAACGGUCAAACAGCUGGUGAUUCAUUUAUGGAUGAAGAGAGGUACGCAAAGGCAAUCCUGGCUGUAAGCGUACUUAGUGUGGUCAUAUCUGCUCCUAUCGGUGCAAUACUUAUCACUCUAUCUGGACCUCGUUUGCUCAGUCGUGAUUCACAUUUUCAAGAUAUUCAUAUUGAGAAUGAAAAUACAUCGAUCAAAAAUACACCGUUAUGACGAAAACAAAAUAAAAAUAUUUCUACUUAACAGUGUGCUUACAUUUCCAUAAAUGAUCCAUGAUUAUUGUUAUUUUAUUAUAUAAAUUGUAAGCUAUUUGUAAAAAUAGGUAAUAUUUACAU